AUGAUUAAAAUAAUUACGAGAAUAAUUGAUAAAAAUAAUAAUAUACCCAAAGUUUUUAGAAACUAUUGCACAAAAUAUAAAAUUAGUAAUAAAAGUUUAAAAGAAUUAAUUGUAAAUAUUGAAAAAACUAACAACAUCAAUAAUAAUAAUAAUAAAAAUAUAUUAAAAAAAAGAUAUAAAAUUAAAGAAGAACAAUAUGAGUCAUAUAGAAAUUCAUGGUUUGAUUUUGAAGGAUUUGAAAAAAUACCAACUAUAACUAGUGGUAUAACAAGUUUAGAUUAUCAAUUGCAAAUUGGUGGAUUACCACUAAACCAUAUCAUUGAAAUCUAUGGUGAUUCUUCAACUGGUAAAUCAACUUUAUCAAUGUUUAUUUUAUCAAAUUUAAUUAAAAAUAAUAAAUCAAAACAAGAGCAAAGGUUAUCAUCAUCAUCAUCAUCAUUAUCAUCAUCCCAAGAAGAAAAUGUAUUAUAUAUUGAUAGUGAAAAUUCAUUCAACUCUGAAUGGGCAUCAAAAAUUGGUAUGAAUUUAUCAAAUUGUACAGUAUUUCAACCAAAUAAUUCAGAGGAAGCAUUUGAAUUAAUAAAGAAAUCAUUAAAGAAUCAAAUUUUUAAAGUUAUAAUUUUAGAUAGUUUAAGUUCAUUAAUGUCAAUAAAGGAUAUUGAAUCAAAUUUAGUUGAAAAUCAUUAUCAAAAUAUUGGUUUCGAUUGGAUAACUUCAAAUUUAAAUGAAAUAUCAAAUUUAUUAAUUGAUUCAAAUUGUUGUUUUAUUUUUACAAAUCAAAUGAGAUAUUCAUUUAAUAAAGAUAAUAAAGAUCAUCAUGAUAAUAAUUUAAUAAUAACAAACUAUAAUAAUAAUAAUAAUAAUGAUAAUAAUGAUAAUAAUAAUCUUAAUGAUGGUGGUAGUGGUCAAUUAUUGUCAUUUGCAAAUUCAACAUUAAAUCAAUGGGUUGAUAUUGGUAUUGAAUUAAAAAAGGAUAGAUUUUUAGUUGAUCCUUUAAAUAAUAUAGUUGGUAUUAAAACAUUUUUAACAAUUAAAAAGAAUACAUUGGAAAAUCAUGAAAAUAAUAUAAAUAAUAAAAAGUUUCAAAAACAACUAAUAAAAUUUCAACCUUUUAUUGAUAUUCAUUUUGAAAAUGGUAUUUUAAAAGAAAAUGAAUUUAAUCAAAUUAAAAAUCAUUUAAAUUUAGAUAACUUAAAAAAUAUAAAUCAUUUAAGAGAUAAUUUAUUUAAUAAUAAUAAUAAUAAUAAUAAUAAUAAUAAUAAUAAUAAUAAUAAUAAUAAUAAUAAUAAUAAUAAUAAUAAUAAUAAUAAUAAUAAUAAUAAUAAUAAUAAUAAUAAUAAUAAUAAUAAUAAUAAUAAUAAUAAUAUUAUUAAAUAA